GUUCCCAGCCGAGAGGCGAGAGGCUGCAUGAUUUCUGUUAAACGGCACUAACCGGAGCCCGUGGCCGGUACACUGCGUCGAGGGAUAGCAAAGACGUCAGAAUAUAUUUUCUGUUAGUUUUUGGCGUAAUUUGACGCAGUGUUUCUCCUCACCAUGACCGCUUUGUCGCUGCUGUUCUUAGCCGUGUCGGCGGCCUCUGUUCUGGCUGAAUCCACUGUCUAUUUCCGUGAGCAAUUUGAAGACGGGGAUGCCUGGAAGAGUCGCUGGGAGGAAUCCAAGCACAAGAGUGACUAUGGCAACUUUGUCCUCACUGCGGGCAAGUUCUACGGUGAUGCAGAGAAGGACAAAGGUUUGCAGACGAGCCAGGACGCCCGCUUCUACGCGCUGUCUUCACGCUUCGACGACUUCAGCAACGCGGGCCAACCCCUCGUUAUCCAGUUCACCGUCAAACACGAGCAGAACAUCGACUGCGGCGGCGGCUACGUCAAAAUUUUCCCCUCGGACCUCAAGCAGGAAGACAUGCACGGGGACUCUGUCUACAACAUCAUGUUUGGUCCUGAUAUCUGCGGGCCUGGCACAAAGAAAGUUCACGUAAUCUUUAACUACAAGGGCAAGAACCAUUUGGUUAACAAAGACAUCAGAUGCAAGGACGACGAAUUCACUCACUUGUACACGCUGAUCGUCAACCCCGACAACACGUACGAGGUGAAGAUUGACAACAAGAAGGUGGAGUCCGGCAGCCUGGAGGAGGACUGGGACUUCCUGCCCCCCAAGAAGAUUAAGGACCCCGAAGCCAAGAAACCUGAGGAUUGGGACGACCGUGAGAAAAUCCCUGACCCUGAUGAUGUCAAACCGGAGGACUGGGACAAGGUUGAGAACAUUCCAGACCCCGACGCCAAGAAGCCAGAUGACUGGGACGACGAGAUGGACGGAGAGUGGGAGCCUCCCAUGAUCGCUAACCCUGAAUACAAGGGCGAGUGGAAACCCAAAGAGAUCAGCAACCCCGCCUACAAAGGCAAGUGGGUCCACCCUGAGAUCGACAACCCCGAGUACACCGCCGACGCUGAGAUCUACAAGUACAACAGCGUCGGCGUCAUUGGACUCGACCUGUGGCAGGUUAAGUCUGGCACCAUUUUUGACAACUUCCUGAUCACCAACGACCCGAAACUGGCUGAGGAAGUCGGCGACGACACAUGGGGCAAAACUAAGGACGCCGAGAAGAAAAUGAAAGACAGCCAGGACGAGGAAGAACGAAAGAUCCGCGAGGAGGAGGACAAACAGAGGAGAGAGGAGGCGAAGGACGACGAGGAGGAUGGUGAAGACAAGGAUGAAGAGGACGAGGAGGAAGACGGCGAAGAGGAGAACGAGGAUGAGGAGGAGGAAGACGAGGACGACGGAGACUCCCCCAUGAAGGAUGAGUUAUAAACAGUUGAAAGGGUGGACUGUCUAUGACCCACAAAAAACUCACCCAGUGGGAGGAGUUUUGUUUGUUUACAAAAGACCGAAAGAAUUAAAAAAUACAAAUUUAACUAUACCAUAAUAAUAUGGCAUAAUAGAUAAAAACUGUGAUGAUUAUAAUAGAAACAAAUCUGUCACAGUGAAUGUCCAGACAAGAAAACCACGUUUUUUUAUUUGCAUUUAGUAUGAUAAUGAAAUGGCUGUAAAAGAGUUUCUUUGGCCAAAAUCGAGGUUGUUUCAACGUGACAAAUCUUUUUCUUUAUGUAAAAAUGUUCUUUACCUCAUGUUUCGUCUCGUAAUGCUGUCUGAUUCUAUUUUGUCAAUCACUAAUUUCAAGAGCUCACUAAAAGGAUCACAUUAAUCAAUGUGAUCUCAAAACAUAACGAGGAAAUCCCUUGAGGGCGGAUGUUUGCACUGUACAGUGAGUACCACAUUUGUGCACAUAAGAUAGUUUCUGAAUAGUUGUCUCAUUUUAGGUUUACUCUUCGUUUGGUGUGUAUGCAGUCAACUGUCUUCAUUUGAAUGCCCAUAGAGGCUGGGCGCCGAUCCUUUUUGUAAAAGACGACAUUUUGUACUAAUACUGCUGGUAAUUUAAGUGAGGGGAUUUGUCGUUACAAUGCAAGGAAAUGAAUUAUGUCCAAUAAAAACAACCACAGGAAAAUAA